CCGGGACGGAUGGAAUUCCGGAUCCUCUUCCAUCCCCCACCCCCCUUGCAACGGGUCUAUCCUUCUCUCUGCAAUCCAUUUCCAGUCGCCCAGUCGCGCACUCGCCGGCACGAUUGAACCCUUUCUCCUUGGAAGGGCGCAUGUCGUGCUCUUCGGGUGGUGGUGGUGGUUGAAGCAGCGGGUCGAUAGGAAGUCGAGCACCUCGUAGCACGUAUACAUGAGGAGGAUAUCAUGGCAUGCAAGCGACCCGAUAUUCAGAUACCCUCACUCUGCUCGGUAGUCGAUCAUACACGCAAGAUUCCAACGCGCCAUCUAUAGACGAAGACACCGGAAAUCUCUGGGACAAACAAGGUCGUUCCUCUCUGGCGCGACUUGAAGGACAAAUUCUCCGAUCAAGGUUUAUUGGUGAUCACGAUCCCGACGAGGAUGGUGCUGGAUCGUCGGGAUCCGUACGAUCCUUAUCACCUCAGAGAGCCGGCACCCUGGGUCUACAAGUCCGCCGAUGUCAAGGCCUACUUCGGUCUCGAACUCGCUGGGAUAAUCAGCUUGCCGAUCCUCAUCCUGACCAUCUAUUUCACCAAAUCGAUACAGAGGGAUAAAUCGCUCUACAACUUUUUCGUCGUCCUCGUGGUCGCCGGCAUCGUCCACUGUAUCACCUGGUUUACGCACGGAUUCGUCGACGUAGAGAACCCAGAUCCGCCAGGCUUCAAGCUUUGCCUAUUCCAGGCCGCCCUGGUGACGGGGAAUUCGACAGCUCAGGCCUUUAGCGCUUUGGGCUUGGUCAUCAAGGUAUGGGUCACAGCCGCGAGCCUGGACACCCAGAAGCUCGCCUUUCUCGAUAACGCUUGGAUCGGCUGGACUCUAUUCCUCUCCCCAUGGCUCUCUUGGAUAGGUUACAUAGCCAUGACACUGGUGCUUGGUCUGCGGGACCCAUCCGUCAUCAAGCCUACCGUAUUGUACUGCUAUGCAACGGAUGACAUCGCAGUCGACAGCCAUCAUUAUACGUCAGCUGCUGGUGCAGCCAUCAUCAUCCUCCUAGAAAUCCAUCUGGCCUGGAUCGUUUUCAGACACUAUACAGAGAUCCGAAGGAGCGCCGCAGAGACUCGCGAAAUGUCAUAUCGGAAUGCGAUGAGCAUCCCUAGCUACGACACUGGUCCGGGCGAUAUCACGCCGGAAGACGGCAUCGACCGUAUCAACGCUCAGAACAGGUUGAAAAAGAUCAACCUGCCGUUGACCUUGCGGAUAUUGUGGUUCGGGAUGUACACUUUACUUCUGGCAGCAGUGUCAAUCUACAUCCUUGUGGAUAAGUCUGCGGCCAAUUCCUCGUUACCUGAUCUAGUCAACGCAUCUCUCGCGCCAGCUGUCCUUAUCUGCUUUGGAUCUCAGGAGGAUGUUUUGCUCGCUUGGAAAUCCGCUUUGUGCUGGCCAGCACGCAAGAUUCAGAGCAUGAAGAGGGGCAAGCAAAGGAAGCUCGACGUACAAUGCCAGCAAACGCUGGAUGUUCGGGAACCGAUAGACGCAAAAGAGAUGCUAGAAUCUCCAGGUUUACAAUCACCGAAACCGGAUCUCGAGACCAUGGACAUGUUCGAAGCUCUGGCCUGGCUCGACUCGGACGGGCGCAGCGAUCACUCGCCAUGAGGGUAUCAAGAUCAUGUACAUGUCGCUCGGCUAUAAUUGUAUCGAUUAGAACCGUUGUAUAGAGUAUAAGAGUGACAAUCACACUAGGUUGUACAGAUAUAAAUGUAUUCGACGGGAACUUUCAGUCCGUU